GUUAUACCUACCUACUUUCAUUGUUGCAGUUGCGAAUGAAAUAUGUAUAUUUAUCCAAUAACCAAAGAAUAAAAUAUAUAGUGUAUUUCAUGUAAUGUAACGUGUUUAAUAUGGUAAAAAUAUUUUAAGUUUGAUACUACACGGUUAGUGUCUGUUAUAUUUUGCUACAACUUUGGUUAUAUUAUUGUUGUCGUCUAUGUACUAUCGUUAAAUUCAAUGAUUGCGUCAUGUAAACUUAUAGAUAUACGAUGAGGUCCUAGGAAAAGUGAAAAUCUAACUGUAACAAAAACAUGAAGAUAUGAUAGCUAUAAAAAGUACUUUUUAGUGAAAUUUGUGAAGAAAACAAUAUUUAGGAUAUACAAUUUUAGUUAUGGGAGAGAUCAUAACAUAACAACAUGGAUGGUGACGGAGACUUCCUCCAUUGGGAGGAAGUAGAAGUAAAACAAAGCCCUGUCCAUCCAGUAGGUGAUGAGGAGAUAUGUGACCUUGACAAUGUGCAAACUGGAAGUUUUUCCAAUAUGACUUCAGAAGAAAUUAUUACAAAUAUGGAUCAAACAGCAGCCGAGAACUUGAUGUAUUUAUCACAAGAUGUUGUGAGUUAUACAGAAACGGCAGAGCUUGUAGAGGAUCCAAAUGUGGAGUGUGUCACUGAAGAAGUGAUUACUGAUGAUUGGGUGAUAUCAGGAGGGCAGGAAAGAGUGGAAGUAUCGCUAGAGCAUUUAGCAAAUCCAGUGUUAGAUAUAAAAGAAGAAAAUGAUAUUGAUGUACCCCUUCCAACUGAUCAGGACGAGUACACAGCGAUGCGGCCGUGGCCAUGUGACUUCUGCUCAAGGCGGUUUCGCAAAAAAGCGGCGCUUAUGAACCAUAUGGUUGCGCAUCAAAACGACCGACCGCACGCGUGUAACCUCUGCGGCGUACGGUACGUGAGAAAGUGCGAUCUCAUGAAUCACUUGAAGGUCCACGCCUUCGUACCCGAUGACCACGACCAGGAUUCCCUGCACUAUGAUGAUUUAUUAGAUAGUGAUCAAAUUGUCAAACCAAAGAAAAAAAGAGGUAGACGGAAAAAGAAUCCAGAACCAGUAGAGAAUGGCAUGUGGGAGAAUAUGACGUCGGCGCGGACGCAGCAGUGGUCGCGGCGCGCGCGGCCGGCCGCCGCCGCCCCGCCGUCGCCGCCCACGCCGCCGCCGCCGCCGCUGCCGCCGUCGCCCCCGCCGCCCCCCACCGACCCCUCGCGCCCCUUCGUGUGUCGCCACUGCGGGGUCGGCUUCGCGAGGGAGAAGGCGCUGCAGUCGCACGCUCGGGUGCACGGCGGCGACUCGCCGGUGGAGUGCGCAUCGUGCGGCGAACUGUGCUGGUCGCGCGAGGCGCUGGCCGCACACGCCGCCGCGCGCCACCCGCACCUGCCGCGCCCGCCGCGCGCGCGCGCAGACCCCGACCCCGACCCCGACCCCGGGGACGACUCCGACGAGGACAUGGACUUCCGGCUGUCGCAGGCGUCAGGUGGCGCGGAACGGCCUGCCUACGAGCAAAUGAGGGGGCCGGAGCUGUUUUGCCAGGACUGCGGCGUUGCCUUCCAGCGUGCGGACCUACUGCGCAGACACGUGGCCGCCGCGCACAGUUAUAAGCGGCACGACAGCACGAGCAGCACGUGGGCGGAGCACACGUGCGACGUGUGCGGGGAGAGCUGCACCGACGCGCUGCAACUGCUGGCGCACGCAGAGCGGCACGCGGAGCGCCCGCGGGCCCCCAGAUUAAAGAAGAUGAGUCGAGGUAGAAAUAAUACGUCGUCGUCUAACAGUUCGAGGCAAUUUCCCUGUAGAGAAUGUGGUAAAGUGUUCGGAUCGCGGAGCUCCCAGCAGAUCCACAUACGGAUUCACACGGGCGAGCGGCCGUAUGCGUGUAGAUUUUGUUGGAAGGCGUUUGCGGACGGCGGCACGCUUCGCAAGCACGAAAGAAUACACACAGGCGAGAAGCCGUACGCGUGCGCGGUGUGCCCGCGCGCCUUCAACCAGCGCGUGGUGCUCCGCGAGCACGUGCGCUCGCACCACUCCGCGCCCGACCGCCGCGCCAACGGUGGGCCUGCAUAUUGUUGCGUGGUUUGUGAAAGGACGUUACAUUCCAGUGCAGAACUAGUCCAGCAUUUAAUUCAACAUUGCGAUGCAAAUACAGCUCUUAAAAGGCAACCUCAGUCGGGUCCGCGCAAGUACAAGCGGCGGCGGAGAGUGAAAGUGGAGUCGCCAGUGGAGAACCCGUGGGAGCGGGCGUCGCGGUCGGCGAGCGGAUCGCCCGCGCGGCUGUCGCCCCCCUCGCCCCCCUCGCCCCCGUCGCGGUCCCCGUCGCCGCCCCCCUCGCCGACGUCCCCCUCGCCGCCGCCCUCCCCCGCGCCGCGCUCCCCGCCGCCCGCACGCCGCCGCCGCCGCCGCCCCGCGCCCCCGCCGCGCGCGCCGCGCCCCCGCAUGAUACACACGGAGCAGCCGCGGCCCAGGACCAAACAGAUUCGUACGAGAAGGCCCCCUCGUCACCCGGCCGACGACUUGCGUGCCAUCCGGGCGCGAUCCCCCGCGGUGUCCCCGCCCCGCGCGUCGCCCCCGCCCCCGUUGUCGCCGCCGUCGCCGCCGUCCCCACAGUCUCCGCCGGCGGAGCACGCGGUUCCAGGCGGCGCGUUCAAGUGCGAGAUGUGUUCGCUGGAGUUUCCCCGCCGCGACGCGCUGCUACUACACGUGCCCAUACACAUUUGACGAGAACCGCGACUACUGCGACGCUCGCGACGUCGCCGCUAAGCCCGUCGUAUACACGACCGGUAACUAUACGUAUAUGUCGUAGCGAGAUCGCAGAAUCGACAUCAUACCACAAUACAGACGACAGAAUUACGUCAAGUAUUGACAUAUUGUGAAAUCACGUUUUUUAACAAUUGAUAUGAUAUGCCUUGAUCAUAACAAUAAUUGGAGAUUGUAUCUUAAUCAGAUAUCUUCUCUUGAAAGUGAUGAUGUGUAAUAAAGAUGAAGUUCGUUAUUUUUCGGUAUUAAUUAAUUCCCGUGGGAUUAUUGCAAUACUAUUCACCUUUUAUUAAAAUAAAUGAGAAAUUUCUGUCAGAAAUAUGUAUAUAUAUAGCAAUAUAUAUAAAUAACAAUAAUAAUGCUAGAAAAUCCACAUAGUGCCAUCUAGCCCCAAUCUAAAAAUAUAUUGUGUUAUGAAUACUAGAUAACUAGUAUACAUAUUAGAAAUAUUUACAUGUUUGAUAAAAUUAAAAAUAUAUUUCUAUGAUAAUUUACAUGAGUCCCAAUAUGCAAUAUUGUUUAGAAACGCAAAGCAAUUCAUAUGAUGAUCAUGUAACGAAGUAGUUUUAGAUCCCAGAAUGAAAAAAACUGAUAAACUGGUAAAAUCUAUAGUAUCUCUGAAUUUUGAUGAGA